CAAAACCUCCAUUUUUCAGUUGUUCUUCAAAACUCCAAAACCCCCAAUUUCGCAAACCCUAACCCGCGACAUUUUGGUUGGCCAAUCCUCCAUAUUUGCAACAAAUUCAAUACUUCCCCUUGCUUAGAUCUUCAUCAUACUCACUAAAAAUUAUUCCUCCUUCGUUGUUUAACACUUUUAUGCAGAAAUUUGAUCGUAAUUGAGAUAAAAACGCCAACCAGGCUGCCGCUUUAUGGGCAAGAGUGAAACGUCAACCAUGGUGGUGUUUUUACUUUGGGUAAAUUUUUUAAAAAAAAUCAAUCAGGAAAACACGAACCAUGGUGGCGUUUUUACCUUGGGUAAAUUUUCUUAAAAAAAUUCAGCCACCUUGGAUGGCGUUUUUGCCUUGAUUGAAAUUUUAAAAAAAAAAUGUCUAGGGUACCCUGAAAGUUUAAUUUGGUAAAUAAUUUUGUCACGCGUCUACUUUGAGAAAUUGUUUCCCUUAUAGACUCGCUUUGGCAAAUUUUCGGGAAAAUGUAGCCAAUUAGAAACAGUGAUUUCAGUUGAAUUGUGCUCAUCACCAAUUCACCAUCCUUUCUCCAAAAUUGCAGACAUCUUUCAUCCUCAUUCCUCUUUCUUCUGCGUGUUGUACUGCUCAAAGCUUGAAGAUUAGGAAGAACAUCGAUUCCAGAAUCAAUGGAAACCGAAACCCUAGACAUUUCUGCUACUAAUUUUACUUCAUCAUGGCCGAUCAUUCAUGGUUCUCUCGAAGAUUCUAUCACUUCCGAGUCCUCCAUUUCUGCCGUUGAUUCUAUUUCCGAUUCUGAUCCUGCGCUUAAACCCCCUCUUAUUCUGCGCCGUCCUUCACCGGAUUCUGGCCCCUGCGAGAUCACAAUUUCUUUUACCCAGCAACAUGAAAUCAAGCAGGUAUAUGUUCGUAGCACUGCUAGAGUCUAUGAAAUAUACUAUUCUGCUGAUGAGAAGGGUGAAAAUGAGUACCUAUGUACAGUUCGUUGUGGGGUUGCUGCUAAAAGUGAAGAGCUACUGCAAGAGACUAAUGGUGUAGGAUCAUUGUCUUCAAGUUCUUGUAGCCCCAAUAGUAGUUCUUGUGAUGGGCAUUUAAGAUCUGAGAGUGGAGGCAGUACCAACGAAGAUGACUGGGUGGAUGUGAAAGUGCGAAAUUCUUCUAUGCUUGAUGAAGGCACAUCUCUGUCAAAAAAAGAUGACAGCUGCAUGGAACGGGGCAAUCAGGACUACUUUGAGGCUACUGCAGAGAUAUCUGAUGCUGAUCCGGUCCUGUCUAUCACUCUACGUUUGCUCUCUAUUCAGAGUGGAAACAACAUUUACAUUGAUGAAGUUUAUGUGUUUGCUGAUCCUGUGGUAUCAACUGAUACUAAUUCUUCAACUAACGCACCAGAAUCCUCUUCUGAAAGUGCUAAGAUGUCCUUGCUCAUCCCGACACUUUUAAGCCUAUCUAACUUACGAAGGAAUCAAAUGCAAGAACAAAGGGAUUCUGCUGUUCGAGAAAGGAAGCACCAAGAUACUGGAGUCAAGUCAAUUAGUAUGGCCGUGGCAUCGAACACCUCUCAGUCAGAAAGUAUCCAGGGCACCAUAUUAAAUGGUGCACCUGUACACAUGUCCCAACCAGAGUUUCCUAUGCAAAAGCUAGAUUCUCAUAACAAUCCUAAUUCAACCAGUGAAUGGAAUACAUUAUCUUGUAGUCGGUUAGAGAAAACUUUGGAUGAACUUGUUUCUCGAGUUGCAAAGAUUGAAGACCUCUUUUUGAGAUUUGAGGAAAAAUUGGUGAAGCCAAUUAGCAACAUAGAAGGAAGGCUUGAAAGGGUAGAACAAAAAUUGGAGUCAUUUGCCAAGACUACAGGUUCUAUGACAGCUUGCAACAGAAUUUCUGCUCCAGAUUUCUCUGGCAUUGAUUCUGAAUCCAAUUCCAUUAUCAAUGAAGGAAAUGAUUCUCCUGGUACUACAACUUUCGAAUCAAUCAAGAAGGGUGAAAGUCGUCCUCCAGACAUGUCAAUCCCAACCACGGAUGUAUAUUCAUCUCCCUCUGUUCUACCCAAUAAUGUAUCUUCAUCCACUUCCAAUGCUGCUCAGUUAAUUCCUAGUCUUGUUGUCACUGCUCCAGAUUUUUCGUAUGUUGAUGAUGAGGGAGAAAAUGACCCCUGUGAAGCAGCAAAGGACUCCCCAAAAGGCAGUCUGAAGAAACCAUUGUCGAUUAAUGAUGCUCUAGCUUCUGCACUUGCUGGUUUCCUAUCUUCGGCUUCCAAAGACACUGAUAUGGUUGAAGAAACUGCUGAUAUCUUCAUCAAAGAAGAGAAUGGGAGUCCUUGUCCAUCCAAGUCCUCGGAGUCAAUCCCAUCCGAUAGGCAUGCUGUCUCUUCAGUCAAUAUUGAUGGAAAUGGAAUUUCUGGCGAGGAGGAUAUUGUACUAAUCGAGCAGGAAUUUUUUGGUGCUGCCAAUUGUUCUGAGGAAACUAGAGAAUCUGUUGAAUCACAUAACUGUUUACUUGAGGAAAGGAAGAGUGAGAAGUCCCUUAAUAAUUCUGUUUUAAAUGAAGUUACUCUUGACCAAGCUAAAAUAGAUGUUGAUGAUUCAAGAAAAGACAUAUUUGGAGAAUCUGAUGAUGACACAAGUCAUACAUGUAUCUUUGGUUCCAUUGAAUCUCCUGUUAUUGAUACUUCUACUGCUGCAUUAGGAGUACCUGGAGCCAAUAUUCCCUCAUCUUCUGAUGAUGAGACAGAAAAAGAGUGUCCUGGUAUACUGCUGAACAUUUUGAAGUUACAAAGCCCCGCCACUGUUGAUUUUGGAACUCCUAUACUGGACGUGAAAUUCUUAUCGCAAGAGAAUUUGUCUGCUAUGUCUUCUCUUGAUGCUCUAUUGGUGGAUGUUCCUGAUGUAUGCAGUGAAGUUCCUUGUGUUGAUGAAGAUAAUGCUACUUCUUCCAAUGGUCAGCAUGAUUUAGUUAUGAUUGAGGAAGCAGACUCCGCCAUUUUGGAAACUCCUAAUAACCAGUUCUGUUUAGAUGAUUAUGACUUUGAUUGCAUACCUUCAAAUAGAGAGGAAGAACUACAGGAAUGUGGCAUUCAAGAUAUGGCUGCAUGUCUUAUAUGAUAGUACUGUAUUAUGGACUAUAUGUUUUGAUCUGUAAAUUGAUGUUCAGCUUAAAAUUUUAUUUAAUCAAAUGCCUUUCAUCUUCUGCUCUGGCUAGCAUUUUA